AUGCAGUCUAAUUACUUCAAUUCAACUCGAGACCCGCUCUCGCUAGACCACAUCCGCUCGGUCCUGACCAGGCUGGAAGAUACCAUCAUCUUCGGCCUCAUCGAGCGCGCUCAGUUCGCGCAUAACCCACGCAUCUACCAGCGCGGCGCCUUCCCAGAACUUGUCAAGAUCGGUUUCGAAGGCAGUUUUGUUGAUUGGUUCAUUAAGGAGACUGAGAGCUUCCAUGCCAAAGCACGACGCUAUACAUCCCCAGACGAGUACCCCUUCACGCCUUUGUCUGAAUUGCCUGAACCAGUCCUACCCGCUCUUGCAUACCCUCCACUGUUGCAUCCGAAUCGCGUGAACGCCAACUCGUCCAUCCUCGCAUUCUACACCCGCUCUAUAGUCCCACGUAUCACCGCCGGCGCCACUCGCGCGCUUGCUGCAAGUAAACGAGCCAAAGGCAUCGUCGGCGAGGAUGAGCAAGAAGAUGAUGGAAACUACGGUUCUGCGGCUACGCUUGACAUUGAAGUAUUGCAGGCAAUGAGCAAGCGCGUGCAUUACGGCAAAUUCGUCAGCGAGAGUAAGUUCGCGGCCGACCCUGCCGCCUUCAUCCCGCAUAUCCGCAGCCGCAAUACAGAAGCUCUGGAAGCGCUCAUCACCAAGCCCGAAGUGGAGGCACGGCUAUUGCAGCGCCUGCGCAAAAAGGCGCAGUUGUACGCACAGGAUUUCGCCUCAGAUGGUGAGGUGCUUGCCUCGGGCAAGGGCAAGAUCGACGUCGAUGGCGUCGUGGAUCUUUACGAGAGCUACAUCAUACCGCUCACCAAGGAGGUUGAGGUCGACUACCUCCUUCAGCGCCUGGAAGGUCUAUCGACCGAAGAAGUGGAGGCCUUAUCAAAAGGUGCUAAGGUCGACCGGCAUAAUCGGUAG